CGCUUGCAGAUACUCAGAGACUUUUUAAUAAUCAGUUUAAAGUACAGAGGGACGAUCCAAAGCAGAGUUAAAAACAGGCAGAAGUUCGGUGAACGGUGGCUGAUGUGCUACGUCACGCUCUAUGGCUACACUCGCACAGCAGGUGUAUUGUGACGUCACAGUCAGCGCUACUUUAUAAGCGCGUGAUUCGAUCGUGGAUUCAUUUGGUGAGUGGUGAGCGCGAGAGAGACUCAACUUUUAUUUCUGCUUCAAAUGUGGCGCAACAGAAACGAGAUAAAUAUGUCCUGCAAAAACAAAACCGAUGUUACUGGACCAGCUAUGAACCCAAAAGACCCAGUGGUUGCUGAUUCAAUAAGGCGUUUGCUUCACUACUACAGGGGCAAAUUAGGAGAAAGUCUGAAUGUUAAACCUGUAGAAUUAGAUCUGUCAGACCCAAACAUGCAUGUGACAUGUGGAUCCUGUAACAGCCUCCAUGAUCCACACUUAAAGAGGUUUUAUAACCAGCCUCAGAGAAAAAAGCAGCUGGUUAAAAAGGGCCUCAUCAAUGAGGAGGAUCAGGUGCUCUGCUCACUGAAAGACUUUACCCAGUACAUGGAAUACCUCAAAAAAGUUCAUCUUGGCUGGCUAAAACGGUCUCAGCAAGAACAGAAGAAGCUGUUGAGGGAGUUCAUGUUGCUGAAAAUGGCAACCGUUGAAGUUCCUGAGAACAUUGAUGCUGCCCACAUUAAAGAGUGGAUCAUCUCUAAAGGCAGGACCACCUUCAGGAACAAUAAUCAGAAACCUGCUGAACUGGCGUGGGAGGUGAACCAGCGUCUCCAGCUUGAGAAACUAGAGAAAGAAGUGAUUCGAGAGCUUCAACUGGAACAACGACCUGAGCCGAUUCCCACUUAGUCUGUAAUUUCAGGACCUGGAAUACCUUGUACACCUGGUCCAUCUUCAUCUAGUGCUAAUG